AUGAAGGCCAUCCGGCGCUCCUUGAAGGGGGAGAAAGAUCCCAAGCAUCAUCAUCACCAUAUCUCCAUCACUCCCAAGUCGGCCAUUGCCAUCCUGCCGCCCAAAAAGCCACCAACUCUCUCUGUCCCUCUCUCUCCCCCUACCGUCCCCAAACAAAAGGGAACACAAAAACGCCCCUCGGUUGCGAUCUCGCACUACCGCCACUAUUCAACUGGACGGUCUCAUACCCACUCUCCCUCCUCCCACUUCUUUUUCCCACCCCUCCGUUAUCAGUGCGCUCCUCCGGUUCCCACUACUCCCCCAAUCCAUGGUUCCUCCCCCCUUUCUGUGCGCUGGAACUUGACAACAACACCAACACUCUCCCUGAAAACAAAGACCAAAGCUGACCCCCGUCGCUGCUUGUGCGCGCACCAGGUCAUCAAAGCGCUUUACGACUACACUCCCGAACCCGGGACCACCCAGGAAUUGGCCUUUAGCAAGGGCGACUUCUUCCACGUUAUUAGUAGGGAGGACGACUCGGACUGGUACGAAGCGUGCAAUCCGCUCAUCCCUAGUGCCCGAGGGCUCGUUCCCGUCUCCUUCUUCGAAGUCAUCGGCAAAAACGAAAGGGAUAGUGGGGGGUCCGUGGAUCUACAUAAAAAGGACCACCACGAUUCUGGCUUUUCCGACCGCAGUCCCACCUCCGAUUCUUCCACCAACACCACCCGACAAGGCGCGUUCAGAAUGUCUGCCCUCGGAAAAGGCCAGGGCGCCAUGGUCUACGGCAUCGUCCAGUAUGAUUUCCAGGCCGAGCGACCUGAUGAAUUGGAUGCGCGCGCUGGCGAGGCCAUCAUCGUCAUCGCCCAGUCGAACCCGGAGUGGUUUGUGGCCAAGCCCAUCGGUCGUCUCGGCGGCCCAGGCUUGAUCCCCGUCUCAUUUAUUGAAUUGCGCGAUAUGCAGAGUGGUCAGGCGGUGACUGAUCCACUGGAGGCGGUGCGCCGUGCGGGUGUGCCCAAGGUAGAGGAGUGGAAGAAGAUGACCGCCGAGUACAAGAACAGCAGCAUCACGCUGGGCAAACUGGAGCCCUCUGGUGGCAGCGUUCUCACGGUGACUGCGGGCAUGGACAAGAUGUCUAUGGGCGGAUCGCACCAGAGUGCGGGCCACAUGAGUCAGAAUGGCAACUCCUCUGGAUACCACCAGCGCAAUGCCAGCAAGGGCACUAUCGCUGGCCAAACCGCUAUGGGUCAAUCGCAAGGCUACCCGCCCCUUCUUGCACCCGUCGCCGCCUCCAUCCCCCGUUACUGCUUCGACAACGACAAGUACUGGUACAUCAUCGAGGCGAAGAUGGAAGACGGCCGGUGCUGGGAAUUGUCGCGCUACUACCACGACUUUUACGAUUUCCAGAUCGCCCUUCUCACCCAGUUCGAAGAUGAAGCCGGUAACCGUGGCCGCCCGCGCACUCUACCAUUCAUGCCCGGCCCCGUCACCCACGUCACGGAUGCCAUCUCCAACGGUCGUCGCCAGAAUCUCGACGAGUACAUCAAGAAGCUCCUUUCCAUGCCCCCACACAUCGCCCGCUGCCAACUAGUACGGCAGCUAUUCGCUCCGCGCCAGGGUGAUUUCGAAAUCGACCCGACCGCCUUUGGCGAGGAGGCACGCUAUUCCGACCAAUCGCACCACUCUUCCUCCGGUCUGGAACCCUCGCAGAGCGUCUCCCGCCAGUCUUCACAGGUGCCCAUGAACGCCGGGCCCGACCGCGCAUCGCAGCAGCGCGCCCAGGGCGCUGCCCCGGCCACAUACGCCAACGGCGGUCCUCCUCCAAUGAAUCGUCAGCCCAGCUCCCUGACGCAGGUGUCGAGCACGUCCAACUCUAGCGCGAUGAAGGUCAAGGUGUUCUUCCAGGACGACCUGAUCGCCAUCCGCAUUCCAUCGGGUGUGAGUCUGCAGCACCUCAAGGACAAGCUGUGUGAUCGACUUAAGAUCCAGGAGGAUAUCAUCGUGCAGUACCGCGAUGAGUCCUCGGGGACUUAUGUCGACCUGCAAUCAGACGCGGAUCUGGAGAGCGCGAUGCAGCGCAACACCAAGUUGACAUUGUUCGUCAACAUUGCAUAA